AUGGUUAUGGAUCCAAAAACUGAAGAGAUUAAUAAAUGCCAAAACCCAAGUAUUCGGAAAUUAUGGCAGUUAGUCGGAAUUUGGGAAAUUAAUUCAGAAUCUGUUAAAAUAGGAAAUGCUGAACCUAGUAAACUUGGUGUUUGUAAAACACAUUUUAAUUUAGAUCAAAACUUUCAUGAAACAGGUCAUAAAGCAAAAAUAUCAACAGAACAAUCUAUGAUUACGAUUAGAAGAU